CGCUGUUAACUUUAACUAAGUUAUAGUCCCGCCUAGGGGGUCGGGUUUGUAAAAAUGGAGGGCGCUCAUUGGUCUCACCCGUUCCCCUCAUUGUUCCCGCGCGGGAUGAAAAGGGAGCGAACAGGAGGCGGGGCUCUCCUCGGGGAUGUUAUGCACCUGACGCUGUCAAUUGAUCACUAUCCCGUAAUCAGAUCACACGUGUGUCCAUUAAUUAUCGGGAUGAGCGAGGAAGUUGAGGACAAUGGUCAGACGGACGCGAAAACCGCGGAAACGUUACAAACACCGCGACCUUCCUCACCGCGGAAGUUCUUUGCUAGGAUCUAUGGUCAUCUUGAGGAGCCUAAGCGACCGAGUGUGGUGGAUACCGUGCCAGGGUUCGAGAGCGACUCGUCUUCGGACGUGGAGAUAGGCGAGAGUGAGGGGUCGGUGGAGCUGCAGGCCCGGGAGCCGCAGCUGUGGCCGCCGCCGCCGCCGCUGCCGCUGUGUCCGCGCCCCAUGCUGCUGCCGCACCAACAACUGGCUUUCGGAGCUGGUCUUGCUGCUUUCCUGGCUCGCAGACGCCGCAAGGAGAGCCGGCCACGUCGACAGCGCACCACCUUCUCUGCACAUCAGACUCUUCGACUGGAACUGGAAUAUGCCAGGGGAGAAUACGUUGCUCGAGCGAGAAGGUGUGAACUAGCAUCUGCAUUGUCACUGAGCGAGACACAGGUGAAGAUUUGGUUUCAAAACCGAAGAGCUAAAGACAAAAGAAUUGAAAAAGCACAACUUGAUCAACAAUACAGACAUUUGGCAGCAGCAUCUGGCUUGUUCCCGAGUGUACUGUCUCCUGCGUACUGCGCGCCGCCUACUUGCCCCUGCCUUCCUGUCCAGCACCCACCGACAAUAAACGAUAAAUGAAGUAUUUUUAGAACAACGUUUAACAGCAGAGCCAGAUACGGUUCAGUCUUAUCAUUUAUUUUGCAGGGCACUUUUGAUUAAGAAAAAAAAUGUGUGUCUACAUGGCAGUGCCAGUUAAACUUUUGUUUACUUACUACGUCAGCAUAAAUAACGGUGUCCUCAAAUCUUUAUAGCCGGUACCCAGGGCUCAACGGCCGAUUUAUGAUUAAAAAGGUGUUUUCGCACAUAUUUAGGUACCUACUUACCUACGUCAAGUUAUAAUUCGCCAAACAACAGUUACCACCUACUUAUAACUGUAUACCGUAUCUGGCCACGGCCCAAUAGAUUUAACGAGCAAUUGUAUGUGAAUGACCUGCUUAAAGGUCAUUUAUAUUGUUAUUUUCCUUCGAAUACCUCGAUAAGAACUUACAAUUGAUUAUACCAAAAAUAUUUGUUGUAAUUUGUAUGUAACUAUAAUUUUGCGCUAAGCUAAAUUAAACUUGUUCCUUUUAAGUACUUACUCAAAACUGUCUGAUUGAGGAUAACUAUUUAUAGAACAACAAAAACUAUGUAAUAACUAAUAACAUUGUAAAAU